CCACUCGUCUCUUUUGACUUAUAAUUUUGCUUUUCUUUCUCACGCAUUUGAACAACAAAACGCAUGCCAUCCUACCGUUCACCAUCUCCUAGUCGGCAUCGAUCCCCUUCACCUUCCAGUAAAAGAAGGAAACAUAAUACCAGCAGCACCAGCGGCAGCCAUUAUAGAGAAUCCAGAAACCGCAGUGGCAGCAGAGACCGAUCCGCUUAUCGACAUCGAUCGUCUGCAACAACAGCGACCUCGUCUUCAUCGUCAAGACAAAGAUCUUCUCGCCAUCAUGACAGUUCAUACUACGAUGAUAGACACCGAUACGACGAUCGCCAUCGUUCAACAAGAGACCGUAGUGACCGUGACCGUGGUGACCACCGUGAUUCGGCGGCUGGUAGAAGCAGCAGGCAUCAUAAUGACAAUUCAAGCGCAUCGUUCAUUGUCCACUACUGCUACUACUGCGCAAACACAACAAAGCGAUACUACAAGCAAAAAAACUGAUGCCGGUGGUUCAGGAACUUCUCCGGAUACUGCUCAAGUGGACAAACCGGUCGAUAAAGACGAAUUAGCACGUAAACGAAAAGAAAAGAUUGAAAAGUGGAAACGAGAACAAGCGUUAAAGAAAGCUGCCGAGGAAGAAGCGGCCAAAGCUGCCACUGGUACUGAUGGUGAAGAACAAGACAAGGCUACCACCACCAAGAAGGAUACAAUCAGUACUCCUGAUGAUGGUGAACAAGCAACAGCAACAUCAGAAGUGCAACAAGAAUCAACAGAAACGACGCAUGAAAAGCAAUCCGAUGUGCAAAUGGAAGAAAAGGCUGCGACAGAAGGAGGAGAAGAAAAUGGGAAGAAUUGGAGUCUCGAAGACGACGAGGAAGAAGAAGAAGAGGAAGAGACAAUGGACUACGAACUAAGCGAACAAGCACGCAGUGAUGCAGAGAAAAGUUUCAAGCCGCUUGCCAAGUCGGACGUCGAGAAAGAAGACGAUGGAUUGGUGGGUAAGCCGUUACCUCAACGAAACAAUCUGUUCAACAACACCAACAAGAACGGUGUCACCAGUAAUGGAAAUAAUAAACCGACGACAACGACGAAACCAAAGAGCAUGAUGCGUUUUGGAAUGGGAUUUGGAAAGACGCUUGCUGCAAAGAAAAAACCCGCAACACCGGUUGCCAUGGAUACCACACCAUCUACGCCUCCACCAUCGAAAUCUACUGCUACAACAAAAAGCUCAGCCAUGGAUGUUGACGAUGCCGAUGUGGACCCACUCGAAGCGUACAUGAUGGAUGUCACUGCAGAAGCACGCAAGAUCAAUGAGGAAGACAAGAAACGUAUGGAAGAAUUAAAGACCUCGAAUGCCGAAGGCAGACCCAGUUUGGAUGAGGAAGAUGCUGCUGCUGCUGCUGGAGGACCUGAGCAGGGAGAAGAUGACGAUGAAUAUGGCAGUGAUCCAGAGGAUAUUUUGGCAUUUGCAGCUAAAAAGGCCAAAAAGAAAGAUCUUGCCGUUGUGGACCAUUCGCAAAUCGACUAUGAACCCUUCCGUAAAGACUUUUAUAUCGAACCUCCAGAGCUCAAAGACAUGACACCGGAACAAGUCGAUUUACUGCGUAUCGAAUUAGACAAUAUCAAGAUUCGGGGUGUGCAUUGCCCGAAGCCUAUUCAAAAAUGGACGCACUGCGGUUUACCUGCCGGAUGCUUGGAGGUGAUCCGUAAACUCAAGUUUGACAAACCUACAUCAAUCCAAGCGCAAGCGGUCCCCGCAAUCAUGAAUGGUCGUGAUGUGAUUGGUGUUGCCAAGACGGGCUCUGGCAAAACGAUUGCUUUCCUGUUGCCCAUGUUUCGUCACAUCAAGGAUCAAAGACCGUUGGAGGCAGGAGAAGGACCUGUUGCUUUGAUUAUGACGCCAACGCGUGAAUUGGCAACGCAAAUCCAUCGCGAGUGUAAACCCUUCUUGAAAGUCCUUGGUCUUAAAGCUGUAUGUGCAUAUGGCGGUUCGCCUAUCAAGGAUCAAAUUGCUGAUUUGAAGAGAGGGUGUGAAAUUAUUGUGUGUACACCAGGACGCAUGAUUGAUUUGCUUUGUGCCAACUCAGGUCGUGUGACAAACUUACAGCGUGUCACUUAUUUGGUGCUUGACGAAGCAGAUCGUAUGUUUGAUAUGGGUUUCGAACCACAGGUCAUGAAAAUUGUCAAUAAUGUGCGACCAGCCAAGCAAUCUGUCUUGUUCUCGGCCACUUUCCCCCGUCAGAUGGAAGCACUCGCUCGUAAAGUUUUGAGAAAACCUUUGGAGAUCACAGUUGGUGGUCGAAGUGUCGUAUGUAGCGAUGUUGAACAGCACGUUGAAGUGAGAGAGGAUUCCACCAAAUUCUUGCGUUUAUUGGAGAUUCUCGGCAAACUCUUCAAUGAUGAAGGUGAAGAAGAUGCCAGAGCUCUUAUAUUUGUGGAUCGACAUGAAGCUGCUGAUAAUCUGUUGCGUGAUCUCAUUCGACGAGGAUAUCCGUGUCAAUCUCUGCAUGGUGGAAAGGAUCAAGCGGAUCGUGAUAGCACGAUUGCUGAUUUCAAAUCUGGCGUCAGCAACAUUCUUAUUGCCACUUCAGUGGCUGCCCGUGGAUUGGAUGUCAAGCAAUUAAAGCUGGUUGUCAACUACGAAUGUCCCAACCACAUGGAAGACUACGUGCAUCGUGUGGGCCGAACAGGUCGUGCUGGUAACAAGGGAACAGCCUAUACUUUUAUCACUCCAGAUCAAGACCGGUAUGCCAUGGAUGUCUGUAAGGCACUGAGAUCGAGCGGACAAGAAAUACCUGCGGAUUUGCAAGCCCUCGCGGAUCAAUUCCAAGAAAAGGUCAAGGCUGGUAAAGAACGUAUGGCUAGCUCUGGCUUCGGUGGCAAAGGUCUGGAGCGCUUUGACAAGGAUCGUGAUUUGGUCAAGCGUAUUCAAAAGCGAGCUUACGGUGGUGAAGAUCUGGACGAAUCGGAUGAAGAAGAAUUCGAGCUCGAAACUAAAGUUGUUUCUGGACCUGGAAAGAAAGAAGAACCACAAGGCCCAUCUACUGGUACUGCACCUGCGGCUGCUGGAUCUCCUGCGGCACCCGCUGCUGGAUCUCCUGCCGCGGCAGGUGGUACAACGGGUACCGCGACAGCAGCAGAAGCAGCAAGUACAGGUGCUCCCGAAAGCGGCGCCACAUCCAGUGAUCCAGUCAGUGCGGCUGCAGAAGCAGCAAAGAAGGCUGCUGCAGAGGUGGCGGCUAGGAUCAACGGCAUGCUGGGCACCAACAAACGCAACGCACAUGACGUAAUGGCAGAUAUCAACACACGGUUCAACCAAAGUACAACGGGGUUGCAGCAAGUGCAGCAAGAAGACAAAAAGGAGGAAGGUCGACCGGUAUAUGCAGAAGAAAUCAUCAUCAACGACUACCCUCAAAAGGCUCGCUGGAGAGUCACCAACAAGGAACAAAUUUCACAAAUCACCGAGGUUUCUGGAGCAGCCAUCACGACACGUGGCACCUUUUUCCCACCAGGCAAGCAGCCUGGGCAGAACGAACGCAAGCUGUAUCUGUUCAUUGAAGGCGACUCUGAAUUGGUUGUUGAAAAGGCAAAGGCCGAAAUCAAGCGUAUCUUGAUGGAGGCCACGGUUGCGCAGAUGGAAGUGGAUGCUCGAACAGGCGGUGGUGGCGCUGGAAGAUAUUCCGUUGUGUAAAAAAUUUGGCAACACACGUGCACUCUCUCUCCAACAGGUUUUUACUUCUUUUUACCCGACUCAACACUUUAGAAGUAUAGCUGAAAAGACAUCAUCUUACAUAUUUCUAUUUUCUCUGCUUGCUGAUCUCUCUCUCUCUCUCUCUCUCUCUCUCU